AGUCAAACCGUAGUAGUCAUUGGUAGCUUUCCAUCCCUUGUCUCACGCUUGCAGAUGGCCAAAAAUGGAGAUCAAGACAGCCAACGGGAACAUUGAAAUUUGUUUGGGAGUCCAAUAAAUAGCGAGCAAAAUUCCCUAGAAAAUCAAACUACAGACGAGCAACAAUUAGAUCAGCCUGGAAAUGCAGACGGAUUUCUCCAGAGUUCGGUAAAUCGAGGUGGAAUACCGCAGUUGACCCCGCUAAAUUUAGGUCAACGGGGUACGAGUAAUUCCAUGGAUCAAGGCCGUGAGCAGCCGCAGGCGCUGAUGCAGCAACAGCCUGACACAAGCAGAGGAAAAAAAAGGAAGCAACAGCAAUCUGCUCCGGAUUCUCAUUCACCAGAGAUUCGUCAAACUAUUCCAGAUAAGUUAGCUAGAAAAAGAGAGUGUGAUAAAAAUUACAGGGACCGAAAAAGG